AAAAAGAAGGUGUAAAAGGACAGCAGAGGCGUGGCCCAUGCAAGUGUUCUGGAGAGUGAGUGCGACGUUCACCUGAUCUAACUGUGGCAUGAAAUGUGGUUCCCCUUAAAUAGCGAUGCAUACACACACACACACAUGACACAUCCACAUACAUUUCUUGUUAUGAAAAAAUCAGGAGGAGGCAUCAUGAAGGGUUACGAGCCACGUUCAAGUUCGUCUUGUGCGGCCUGCAAAUUCUUGAAGAGAAGGUGCAUACCUAACUGCAUAUUCGCCCCUUACUUUCGCUCCGACGAGUGCAAGAAAUUCGCCAAAGUUCACAAGGUCUUCGGCGCCAGCAAUGUCAGCAAGAUCCUCGUCGAGGUCCCCGAGGACCAGCGGGAAGACACCGUCAACUCCCUCGCCUACGAGGCCGAGGCCCGCCUCCGCGACCCUGUUUACGGCUGCAUUGGCGCCAUUGCUCUCCUUCAGAGGAAAAUGCUCGAGCUUCAGCACGAUCUCGCCAUUGCCAAGGAUCGUCUUGCUCGCUAUUCUGCUGUUGCUGCUACUGCUGAUGCUACUUCUCUUAUUACUUCUUCCUCUUCUUCCUCCGAUAACAUCUUUCAUUUCAAUAAUUCUCAAGUUUCCUUGCCUCCUUUCCCUGAAUUCCCUUCUUCCUCUGAUUUCAAUGACACUGCUGCUUUCUGCCACGCCUCUUCUUCUUCCUCUCAAUCCUUUCCCAGACACGACACCACUGUAGUCGACGAUUUCAUUCAAAUUCCAUAUAUAUUUUAGAUUAUAUAUUCUCAUUGUCACCGUUUUCCAUCUUCAAUUAUUGUCCCUUUCCUUGUUGUUUGUUUUUCUCAAUUUUCUAAUCAAUCAAAACCAGCCACUUUUGUUGUAUAUGCUAAUAAUUCAUAUAAAUAAUUAACAACUCCGUCAAUGAA